AUGGUAGUUGAAAAAGAAGAUAAUAAAGACAAAAAAAACAGCAAAAAAGACAAUUUUCCCGUAACAAACAGGUUGGAAAGUUCGUUGACCCACGCCGAAAGCUGCAAUAAAAAUGACAUCCACUUGACUACAAAAAACAACGAUAACAGAAAUGGGUCGGUCACUACGCAACCGAAACGCGGUCGGAAGGCUAGGACUAUUACUGAAUUAGACUUUAUGGGACGUGAACCUGUCAUGGCAUUGGAGACAGGAAACGUUGCUGAUAACGAGCAGUUGCAAGAACCAGACUGUAAAGAGACUGAUUUGGUAAAUAAUGCCAUUGACAGACAAGUUUUUGCGAAUAUGACUACGGAACAAAUACAGAUUUAUGCUCGAUUCGUAUCAAUUAAAGUCAAUGACGCAAUUCGUAAAAAUAAAUUAGCGUAA